UUGUAUAAAAGGGUAUAUGUUAUGUUAUUAGUACUUACUACAUAGUACCAUAUAUAUAUAUAUAUGGACUAUGGAAUUGUUUGAGAUUGAAGUAGGUCUAGUGGAGAAUAGUGAUGGAGGCCAUGUUAAAAUUGUCUAGUCUUUGUGGUCAAGAGAUAGAUGAUAAGAGAGAUACUUCCAUUUGCUCAGAAGAGGACUUGUGUAUUGAAAAGGGUAGUAAGGAAGAUAAACUUGAAUCUGCUAAAGCUGAGAUGAGUAAGGUGAAGGAGGAGAAUGAAAGAUUGAAGAUGAUGAUAGAAAGAGUAGGAAAGAAUUACCAUUCUCUUCAACUUCGUUUCUUUGACAUCCUUCAUAGAGAAACUUCAAACAAAGGUGUGGAAGAUUCAGCUGUUUCCCUUGAUGAAGUGGAGGAACCUAAGCUUGUGUCACUUUGUCUUGGAACAAGUCCAUGGGAGCAUAAAAAGGAUGGAAUAAUCUGUAACUCUAGCAAACAUAAAGAAAAUGAAGAUUUGGAAGCCAGCCUUACCCUUGGUUUAGACUGCAAAGGUGUGUCUUCAAAGGAACAGGUAUCUGAUAUGAACACCUCAGAAGAAAAGGAAGAAGAUUCAACAAAUAAAUUAGUAAGGACCAAAGAUGGAGGUGAUGAAAUUUCAGAGAUAACACCCCCAGCCAAGAGGGCUAGAGUUUGUGUCAGAGCAAGAUGUGAUAGUCCCGUUAUGCAUGAUGGAUGCCAGUGGAGGAAAUAUGGACAGAAGAUAGCAAAAGGAAAUCCAUGUCCAAGAGCAUACUAUCGUUGCACACUUGCUCCAGCAUGCCCGGUUAGGAAACAGGUGCAAAGAUGUGCUGAUGACAUGUCCAUCUUAAUCACCACAUAUGAAGGAACUCACAACCACCCAAUUCCAGCUUCAGCCACAGCCAUGGCUUCCACCACUUCUGCUGCUGUUUCCAUGUUGUUGUCAGGCUCUUCAACAUCUCAGCCUACAGAUCACAGUUUUGCCUAUCAUGCAAAUUCUCCUACACUGUUCAGUGGUGUCAAUUUCAGUCUUUUAGACCAACCAAGAGCAAACCAAGUCUUGUUACCAACCCCUUCCUCACAUUUACUCCCAACAAUCACUCUAGACCUUACUUCUACUCCAUCCUAUUCAUUAAAUCAAGGGAAUUGUUUACCAUCAAACUUUGCUUCAACCCCAAGAUUCCCUCCAUUAAGUCUAAACUUUUGGUCCCCAGAGUCCAACAUUCCACUAUCCUUUUGGGGCAAGGGAAUUCCUAACAAUGGCACUAUUCCUAUUGACAAAACUCACAUCAAGCCAUUCAAUAUAGGAAACCAAUUUCAAGAACAUUUCUACCAACAUUACUUCAAGAACCAAACUCCAUUCAGGGAGGCUUUGGCAGAAACACUAACCAAAGCAAUCAGCACAGACACGAGUUUUCGGUCAGCGAUAGCUGCUGCAGUUUCAUCUAUAAGGGGACAAGGAUCAAGCAGUGAGAACAAGGGUGAUGGAGAGGUUUUAGGUUCAGGAUUGAGCUUGAAACUUGGGGAGCAUCCUCAACUUGCUUCUUCCAAUUCCUUGAACAAGAAUGAGAAAGAAUGCUUAACAGGCUACUUCAACAGAUCAUCAUCUUCAUCUUCAAGUUCUCAGGGUGGAAACUCAAUGCUUCUCCAACCUCAAUGGCCAUUUUCUAUUCGCAAGACUAGCACACCUCCUUCCAAUGUUGAUUACAUCAACCAUUGGAUUUCAGAAAUCAAUUCUCAUCAUUAGUGUCUCUUGUUGUUUUUCAAUUAGGACAAUGUUUAGGAGCAAUUCAGCUCAACUGAAAUAGGCCAGCUGUACACUCAAAAACUACCUUGUCAAAGGUUCGACAAUUUCAUAGGAUGUCAAAAUAGGAUAUAAAGCAUAUACACUGAAAGUGUAAAACAGUUUUAUACUGUCAUCCAAUCACAAAUCACUGCUUGAAUUA